GACCUGUCUGCGCUCAUCGCUUCAUCGCCUACCCAGUAGUAUGAGUGGAAUCUGGGUACGAUGUCGUUUGCCAGUGACGAGCGCUGUAACGGGAUGGACACUCACAGUGGACCUUUAUUGCCUGAUGUAGAGACAGGUGACAAAGACGUGGCCCACAAAAGAGCCUGUUCUUCAUCUUUAUCUUCCCCUUUGCUGAAGAAGAGGAAGGACUACCUGUCUUGGGAGGACUACUUCAUGGCCGUUGCUUUCUUGAGUGCACAGAGAAGCAAAGACCCAAAC